ACUGACGCCCAGUCAAUCCUCUCUCAAUCUCUCCAUUUCUGUCACCUUACCGCAGCAAGCUCGGAACAAAAUCGCCGGCUGAAGAUGGAGACGCAAGGCUUGUCAUUGAUCUGCGCUGGCCUCGGCAUAGCGGAGGAGGACGACGACGGCAACCGGAUCGGGUACUCCAAGGGCGAGCAGUGCCUAGAGAAUCUGAAGGAUUUGGUGAGGUUUUUGAGGCGUGAUGACCCGCAGACGCGGGAAGUGUUCAAGCAAGUUUGCAAAUGGAAUAUAGUCGCUAAGGAUUUGAUUCCGAUGUUUCAGUACUGCCAGGAUGAUCGAGAUUUGGUCUUGAACGCAGUGAAGGUUUUUGUGUUCCUUACCAUGCCAAUCGACCCUUCCUCGAAUGAAAUCCCUUUACAAUUGGAGUAUCUUUGGGGUCUGAAGUCUGCGAUAACGUGUAGCGACACAGUUGCUGUCAUCGUUUCGCUUUUGGAAGGGCCACUGGAAGAUUUGGAGCGUGAAUUGUUCACGGAGGAUGACUGGAAGUUGGUUCAGUUGGUGCUGACUCUCUUUCGUAACAUCCUUGCAAUUCAAGAUGCUUCCUUGCCUCAGAAAGUCGGGGGAUCAGCUUGUCAAUUCCUGUCACUGAGAGAUGGAUUUCUUGAGCUCCUGUUCAACGAGAAUGUCAUGGACCUGAUCUUAGUAUUGACUCAGCAUGUUGCUGGUUCACGUGGCUUCCUUCGUCAUGAUAACUUACUUCUUCUAGAAGUUUUCCAUUACAUUUUUCUGGGGCAAGAUCCGGAUUUGAUUGCCAAAGCACGUUUCAAGGAUUCCAAGGCCGGUGAAGGGAGCAUUGCUUCUGUUGACAAUCUCAAGGCCAUUAUGGAAGAGGAAAAGAAGAAACUUAAACAGUGCAGAUCACAGAAUAUAGCUCGCCACUCCCAGUUUAGUGGGACGUUUUCUCGGAUUACCAUGGAUGGUUCUACGGCAGUAUGCAAAGGACAGCCUGGUGCUGCUUCCAAUGCUUUGCUUAAGCCUCAUGCUAUCCAAAGGGGUGCGUCUAAAAAAUUUGUCUGGGACCAUGCCAAGUUUCCAGUGACGAAGCCUAAGAUCUUGGAAUUGCUGCAUGAUUUCAUGAAACAGUUUCUUUCAGGAAGUUAUAAUGUUUUGAUCCAGUCAAUUCGUGAAGAUAUCCAAAAGGAACAAAAUGGAAUCCAGAAGAGCGAUAUCAUUGUUUUCUUCCAAGUUGUUCAGUUUGCCACUUCUUAUCAGUAUUACAUGCUCUUGAAUUCAAAGCCGGAAACUGCAAGGGAUUCUCCUCAAGCUUCUGGCUUCCCUGCUGAUAAUACAGUAUUCACAGGUGAUGUAUGUGGACCGAUUGCAGAAUCAAUGAAGGAAUCAAUGUUUCUACUUGUCAUUUCAACAUGGCGGGAUGCCUUUGAUACUCUGAAGCAAACACAUGAAUACAAGUUACUUUCUGUAGCAGGUUCACUUAUGAAAAUUAUGAUUCGCAUUCUAGACUUGGUGCUUAAGGUACUGCCUGAAAAUUCUAAAGAGCCUCUGACAGCUCGGAUUCUGCUUUACAAGUUAUUCUAUGAUCAGACUGACCAAGGGAUGACCCAAUUCAUCUUGAACCUGAUUAAAUCGUUCAACACCCAUAAGCAAUCGAAAAGUGAUCUUGCAGAUUUGGUUGAAACAGUUCAUGUUAUUGUAAGAUUGAUGGGACUUCUUCAAACUCGUGGCACUAUGAGGGUUUCUAAGGGGGCAAGGAAGGUUCGAAAGAAGAAGUCCUCAAGUAAUCAGAGACAAGACAAAGAUUUACCGAGUGGAGGUGAAGCCACCAUUCAGAAUGGGAAUGAACAGCCACCUGAUUCUGGAAGUUUAGAAAAAGGAAGUCAGGAAAAUAUAACAUCUAACCAACAAGAUGACCUUAACGCUGGUAUUCCUGCUGAUCAACCAGAGAUAACUGCAGAGAUGGGAAAUCCUGACGCUGCUAUUCCUACCGAUCAACCAGAGAUAAGUCCAGAUAUGGGGAAUCCUGACCCUGCUAUUUUUACUGAUCAACCAGAGAUCACUCCAGAUAUGGGAAAUCCUGACACUGCUAUUCCUACUGAUCAAACAGAGAUAACACCAGAGAUGGGAAAUCCUGACCGUAAUACACUGCCAGAUGAUAUAAGGGCUGAUCCUAAUCCUAUAGAUGAUGAUCUGUCUUGUUGCUCAGAUGAUGAGUCUGCUGAUGACGAACCUGUUUCUACUUAUGAAGUUGACUUUAAUGUCACAACUUUCAUGAAAUCUUUCGCGAACCAUAGCUUCGUUAGCAAUUUAUGCUGGUUGCUUAGAUUCUAUAAGAGCAACUCCUUCACGACAAAUCACUACAUCAUAUCCAUGCUGCGGAGGAUAACGGAUGACCAGGACCUUUCUCCAAUGCUAUAUCAGUUAUCUCUACUCACAACAUUUUAUGACAUCCUCAAUGAGCAAAAGUCGUCUCAGUGCAAGGAAUAUGAAAAUAUUGUAGAGUUCCUUACAACUCUGGUGAGGAGAAUGUUGAGGAAAAUGAAGAAUCAACCCCUCCUUUUUCUCGAAGUUCUCUUCUGGAAGUCCAGAAGUGAAUGCAAUUACAUCAAUGCAGACUAUUUAGUACAUGAGCUGGGUGGUUUAAGAAGAAAGACGAAAGAUUUCUAUGGCGCUUCAGCCGAUGGAGAAGUUGGUUCAUCAGGGACCACAGGAUGGGCUCCUAGAAGCAUUGCUGAUGCUCUGGGUGAUGAUGAAGCUGAUGUCGUGAUCUCCCAUGACAUGGAAAAUCAGAAUAUGGAAAACAGUUCAAAUGAAUUGCAGAAUGAGAAGGCGUCAACUUCUGGCAGCAGUUUGUCCAGAAAGGAAUUUCCAAGAAAGAAAAGAUUUGUGCUGACGGAGGAAAUGGAGAUAAGGAUCAAAGAUCUCUACGAGGAAUUCAAGGAUGAUGAGAAAUGUUGUCAUCACAUCGCUGAAUCCCUAGAUCCUACAGGCCGAGUUUCGCCAACACAGGUUUUAAACAAGCUCAAGCAGCUUGGGCUGAAAGCUUCGUUAAAGAAAAGGAUAAGAAAAGCCAGGGGAACAGAUUCUACUGAUCCUGCUCAGCUCUCUCAAAUUGAAGAGGAAGAAACCUUGCUCAAGAAAUCCACGGGCGCUAGGAAAAGAGCGCCAGCCAUUGGCAAGGAUCAGGAAGAAAAAAUCAGAGCUUUAUACGAGCAGUUCAAAGCAGAGAAAAGGUGCAGCCACAUGAUCGCAGAUGCUCUGGCACCAGAAGGUAGUUUCACAGCUGCACAGGUUACCCGCAAACUCAAGCAACUUGGACUUCAUGUUCCCCAGAGGAAGAGGUCCCAGACAGAAGCCAGCAUGAGAGACGAGGAAUCCAACGAUGGACACGAAUCUGAAGAGGAAACAUUGCUGUCCUUCAAGAAGAGGAGAGCCAAGGAGGUCCAAGACCGAAAGAAAAGUAGGAAACUUGCUCCAGAAGCAUCAGCCAGCAGAAUUGAGGUUCCUGGCGGUGCCAUGGACGAUUCUGAAGGAAUUGGUGAAGAUGAUACUUCUGGUGGUGGCAGCCCAUCUGGCAUUUCUCCUGCUGCUGUUGGUGAUGACGAAGACAGAGAGCCAAUGGUCGAUGAACCAGAGGACAAUGACGUGGAUGUUUCUCCAGCUGAUGAUGACGAGGACGAGGAUAAUGAACUCAUGGUGGAUGAACUGGAGGACGAUGACGUGGAUGUUUCUCCGGUUGACGAGGAUGAUGAUCAUGAUGGACAGAUGGUGGCAGAUGGAUUGGAGGAUGAUGGCGUGGACAUUUCUAUUCCUAGUCCACAGAUUGGAAGUGCAGUCUCCAGGAGGAAAUCGAGGAUGAUAAUCGAUCUCGAAGAUGAAGACGACGAUUAAAACAAGUGCUAGGUCGGGGGCUCGGAGCAUCGUAGGCGCUUUAAAGCCAUGAAGUGACUUCCAUGUUAUUAAGUCCAGGAUGGGGAUGGUUGCGUGGGUGGUAAGAUACUGAGGUGCCUUGCCUUCCCUUAGAUUAUUUUCCUUUUGUUCCGAGUUUUUUUUUUUUUGGUUAGAUCAUUUGUAAAUCCCUCCAGCUCAGCAGCCACAUCACCAACCACUGUCCCCUAGUGAAGAAAUGUAUAACUAAUUAGUUAACUACCGGGCCAGUUGCAUCUUGGGCCUUCGGCCCGAUAUUAGACUCCUCUCUUCAAAAGACAAAGUCACCGUAAGGCCCAGUCUUAACUCCA